AGUAACAACCUACUUCAUGAAACCGGAAGUAAAGUUUUUUCUCACGCGGGAUGAAUGAAAACAUUGCAAGACAGUGAAAAUGGUGAUAGGGAACAUAACAGACCCAGUGGUGGACAAAGCAUGGAGAAAACGUCGGUCCUGGAAAAAGUCCCGACAGUCCCUGUUCUGGUUCGGCGUUAAUCUUCUCCUGUCUCUACUGCUGUACUACGAGCUGAAUUUCAACACAAUUGGGUCCUGCUUUGAGGUGACUCACCCUUUGUUGUGGUAUACAGAAUGUGCAUUGGCUCUAGUAUUUCUAUUCAACACAUUGGCUAACCUGAUGGUUUAUAUACGACCUUAUCUCAUGCCGAGCACUGUGGAAGUUACUGUCAGUCAGAAAAAGUUACUGGGAGUUCGUGAAACAGAACUUGGGUUCCGCGUUUCCCCGACAAAAUCUCCAAGCUCAGUUUCCUCAGAAGGCAGUCUGAUAUUUGCAAGCACUCCGUCAGGGCAGUCAAGUUUCUCCAGUGGUGGUAGCCCACGAUCUGUGGGUCAUAUCACACCCACCAACAUCGGGGCAUACCCAGGGCACAUGAGCUUUGGCAUUCCGUCCCCUUCCGUGUCGUUUGGAUCGUAUGGCUCACCUAGUACCACCUAUGACAGAAUGCCCGUCCAGAACCUCAGCAGUCUCAGUGUUGGACCUAACGCUAGCUUUGGAUCCCACAAUGCAUCUCUAUCUCCGGGAAUGUCCUACUCACACAACCAAUCCUAUUCCCCUGGGCUAGCCUUCUCCUCCCAGGGGCUCAACCUCUCCCAGGGGUCGGGGCUACACAGCAGUCUGGAAGGUAGUGGUUUACGGUCACGGCACUCACUCUCCUCUUCAUUUAGACACUCACCAGUGAUGUCGUACGACCAGGGACAAAUAACAGAUCAGCAUUCUCUCACACAGUUUCUCAAGGAACAGGAGGAAAAGGACGCCAAGAAAGCUCUCAGUUCGCCUGAUGCCACCAACACAGGAAGUACAUCGUUCUGGAGUUACGGACGAUCAGCCAUGGACUACACUCAUGUCCUCCGCAAAUAUAUGUACCAGCUGGCCACACGAUCACCGCAGUCAAACACUGCACGUAAUAAUGAUAACGACGUAUCAUCAUCCUACGGUGGCGACGAUGUGUGGAGUAAGCGGGGAGUGACCGAGGAUGACCUCUACCUGUGGACAGAGCGUCUGAGAAAGUGGAUAUGUCAGACCGUUGUGUCCAGACUAGCCAUGGAAAUCACAAAUGCCAAUGCAAAAUUACGGAGAAUUGGGUCGGAGGAUACAGAAAUUGGAGAGGUGAGUGUGUCCACAUUGAAACAGCUGGCACUGACUAAGGGUCCCCUGCUGCCCACACUGAAUACCAUUGUACCAUACCUUGACAUUUCAUCUAACCAGGAGUACCUCGUCCGUAGGAUCCUAGAACUUGGUAAGGAUGGCUGCAUGAGUGAGUUUAGCUGGCAUGGAGGUGGUUGUUAUGGGAAGGCUUGGGGAGAACACCUACCAACAGAUGCGGGUAUUGUGAUGCACCUGAUGUGUACGUACUUGGACUCACGGCUGCCACCUCAACCUAAAUACCCAGACGGGCGGACAUUUACCACCCAGUUCUUUGUAAAGACACCUGACAAGCCCAAUCUAGAGAAGGAA